CCACGGUUUCCUGUGGAGGUCUGUGAACGGAUCAUUGACCACAUAGCCACGGGAUGGGAUAUCAAUUACAGUGUACUCACCGACGAGCCACAUCUGUCCACUCUCACAUCCUGCGCGCUCGUAUGCCAAGACUGGUACUUCCUGACGUGGUACCAUCUGCAUCAACGCAUUCGUCUCCGAGACCGGAAGGGUGUCCUCUCGCUCUCCAGGACACUCCGCGCAAAACCACGCCUCCGUGAGGUCGUUCAACAGGUCGUCAUAUCAGGUGCCUCUCCUGGGGAACGUGAAGCAAUUCCACACCUGGGAACGUUUGCCGCCAUGCUCGCGGGCAAGACUCCGAAGUUGUCGAGUAUCGUCAUUGCAGAUGCUGAGUGGACCAUCGGCUCGGUCCGAACAGAGGACAUCGACUACCUGGCUGCGUUCAGCUCCAUUGAGACUCUGUUCAUUCGCAAUGUCACCUUGUCGAGCGUUACCCAGCUGUCCCGCCUCGUGUCAGCACUCCCGGGGCUUACCGCCUUAUGGUGC